UCUUGUCACAAGACAUCCUUGUGGAACGGAAACGAUGGCUUGCGCUUUAAACUUUGCACUGCUUGUUUUAGCUUUCGUUUCCUUGGCUGGGGCUACUGUUCCCUACGAGACUGCUUAUUUUGAGCAGAACCUCGACCAUUUCAACUUCGUUCAAGAUAAAACUUUCAAACAACGUUACAUUUAUACAGAUCAAUACUGGAAUGAGAAUGGGCCGAUAUUCUUUUACACUGGUAAUGAAGGACCUAUCACAGGAUUCUGGGACAACUCUGGCUUUGUCUUUGAGGCAGCUGAGAAAUUUAAUGCCUUAGUUAUAUUUGGUGAACAUAGGUAUUAUGGAGAAUCUAUGCCAUUUGGUUCAUCAUCAUUUGACCAUGACAAAGUUGGCUAUCUUACAGUGGAGCAAGCCAUGGCGGACUUUGCUGUUUUAGUUACAGAACUAANCUCAUCAGAAAUGCAUGUUGUUGUAUUGAAUAUUAACAAGAGACAUCUGGUGAAAACUUGGAGGCAUGGGUGGUUAUGGGAAGGAGGAAAGAUGCAAAUCAUGAAAAUCUUUAAAAGAACCUGUGACCUCUUUCAGGCAUGUACUGAGUUAGCCCUGCCAGCAGGCUCAAACAACAAAACAGACAUGUUUCCACCUCUACCCUGGACUCCUGACAUGAGAGCCGAGUACUGUCAGGAAAAAUGGGGUGUGGUCCAACGACCAGGCUGGUCAGCGAUUCAGCUCUGGGGAAAAGACAUAUCGUCAGCGUCAAAUAUUAUUUUCUCCAAUGGUGACUUGGAUCCAUGGAGACCAGGAGGGGUUCUGCAAGAUGUCUCCCCAACACUAGUCGCAGUUCUGGUCAAGGGUGGCGCCCAUCAUCUUGAUCUCAGAGCUUCUAACCCUAAGGACCCGCCCACAGUAACGCAAGCCCGUGAACAAGAGCUGGAACUGAUUCAGAAGUUU